AUGAAUUCUUUGAGAGAACAGUCCAAAAGUACAGUGAACACCACAGUUUCUAUUCCGACUUUUGAUCCCGACUCGGAAGAUGACGAAGUAAAUCUUUGGUGUGAGGAAAUUGAGAAGUUGGGUGAUAUGUUCAAAUGGUCUGGCUAUGAAUUGCUGAUAAGAGGCGCUAGUGGAUUGAUUGGGGAAGCAAAAGAUUGGUUCAUGAAAUGGAAACCCGUUGAGAAAACUUGGGAGAAUUUCAAGUCAGAAAUUUGUAGUUUGUACCCAGCUAAGAAAAACCUCAGUCAGAAGUUAAGGAAAGUUAGCUUAUACACCAGUGAUGAGGCAAUAUCAUAUUGUGAGUAUGCCAGAAAGAAAAUUUCUCUGAUUAAAGCUUUGAAUUUCGAUUUAUCCGAUGAUCAAUUGUCGGAACUUGUCAUUGGUGACAUAACCGACAUUCACGUGAAAACGGCUGCAUUCAAUAGUAAAGUUGAUUCAGAAUCAGAGGAAAUCAGUAUUUCCAUGAAAAUAACAAUAAUAAUUCCAUUAGGUUCAAUCAAAACAACGAAUUUAGACAGUCAAAUAGCCAACAAAGAAAUUUUCCUAAUCAGCGAUAUAAUAAUAAUCGUGGACGCGGUAGCGUGA